AUGGCGCAGAGUCCUGCCGGAACCGAUGCGUCGCACGAGUCAGAGAACGAAGACCAGGUUGAAGGUCAAGCGAAAAACUCCUCAUCCAAGGACAAAGAUUGCCCGUACUGUCACCAGAAAUUCACAUCCUCCUCGCUAGGUCGACACCUCGACCAGUUCCUUUCCAAGAAGAAGCCGGAUGGCAUCCACAACGUCGACGAGAUUAAGAAGCUUCGUGCUGGUAUCACUAGACGAACUGCAAGAGGUAAAAAAGGUGAACACAACGAGAACCACGACGCAGAGAAGUCUGUUGAACCUUCACCUUCCGCGAACCCGCAGCAACCUACGUAUCAGGAAUCAGUGAACAAGGGCAUUCCAAAUGCAAAUGACCUUCGCUUCAAUAGAAUGGGAUGGCAGUCGACCGGAGUGAUCACCGAUCAAAACCACCAGGCUGCAAGUCCAUUGCUGGCUCAGAGUAACAAUUCAUUAGCAGGUCAGAAGAGGAGUUUUUCUACAUAUGCAGCCGAUGUACCUGCUUCGUCAGCGGAAACAGCACGUGCAAUGGAGUUGGCUUUGCGUGAAGUUCUUGACGCCGUGAAUGUAGCGACAAAACGAACGGACCCAUGUCCGGAACCAUUUCCAUUCGAUUUGACCUCAAUGACCUUCUCGGCGCUUUGCCUUGCGCUACUUCCCGCUCCCGCAACGCUUUACCAACCCACUACUUUCGCUACAAACGCAACCAUUCCUCUCAAACCACCAGGCUUCGAACAGCUUCAAACACUGCGACAGAAGAUCCAGACAGUUCUUGACCAAUGGAAGUGGGAUGCGCUUGCCUACCUCCAGCGAAGUUGUGUACAAAAGGGUCUCAAUGUUGGUGAAGAGGCGGCACGUUUGACAGAGGACACGAAAGAGCGCAUUACAGAUGCGAUGAGACAUCUAGACAACGCCUUUCAGUACUUCAUGAGUCAUUCCCCUGAGCAGCAGUACCAGCUAUGGUCCAUCGAGCUACUGAGAGCGUAUACAACUGAACAGAUCAAGCUCAAAGAAGCCAAUGAGAGGAUAGCCAGAAUCACGCAAGAAGCUGGCCAAUUACAACAACAAAUUGACUACCUCAGUAGGUGUCAGUGGCCAAGGGAAAUGGCAUUAUGGCCGCCUGAGCGGAAUACCUUUAGCUCUGCGGUGCAGAAAGAAUUACAAGAUGGGAAGUCCCUUUUUACAAGCCUUGAUACAGUCAACGCCUACGGAAGUACAAAGAGUGUGGAUUUCAUGGUCACUCCUGAAGAUAGAUGGGACUUCGACAAGCUCGUCAACAAGUGGAGACGCCACAUUCGAGAGGAUCGAGCUAGAAGAGGUGGCACGGGUUCGAUGCUGCCACCUCUUCCUGACAACCUUGAAACAAGCCGCACAGGUACACCCCCAGCAUCCUUACGGAAGGCUUUAUCCGAAGCUGGUCACAAUGGGCAGAAACCGCAUUCCAUAUCAAACUCACCCAUCAGCCGAAACGGAGCACAUCCAGUCAGCUCUCUUGGACUCACGACGGUAGAUGCUAUGCCGUUCGCGAAUGCACAGAGACCAUUUGCAGGUACGCCUUCCGAAUCCCGCACUCAUACACCUACCCGUCCGUUCAGUAAUCAUCCCAUGCCAUCGAACGUACAUAUUAUAUCUGAUGUCGACGAUCACAUGGCGAGAUUCGCUUCCUGGGAACAACGCCAGAGGGAGUUGGAAGCAAGAGAUAACAGUGAUCCAGGUUGA